GUCGUUUAAAUAGAAAACGUAUGGGCCUAGAGGUCAAGGUAAGUUUUCAAAAAGGAAAGGUCGUACUAAAGAUCAGCAAAAACACUGCAAAAUGAGUGGGAAACACACUACAUUGCAAGUUUUAACGUUAAAUUGUUGGGGUGUUCCAUACCUUUCCAAGGAUAAGGAAAUACGGUUCAAGAAGAUUAUACAAGAAUUGGCAAAAGGGGAAUAUGAUAUAGUGGCACUGCAAGAGGUGUUUACGAACAGUGAUAUUAAGGACUUACAAGAGGGAUUAAAGAAAGUGUUACCUUAUUCGCAUUAUUUCUACAGUGGCUUUAUAGGCAGUGGGGUUUGUAUUUUUUCUAAAGGACCAAUCCUUGACACAGCGCAAAAGGCAUUUUCUCUAAACGCAUUUCCACACAAGAUCCGUCACUGUGAUUGGUACGCCAAGAAACUGGUUGGAUUAUGCCAAGUGGAAAUAGAUGGUCUGAAGAUCAAUGUUUACACUACACAUAUGACAGCAAUGUACGGACCAUCUCAUGAUGAGAGUUUCAUUGACCAGGACGAGUACUACGCACAUCGUCUCGUCCAGUCCUAUGAACUGAGUAGCUUUGUCCGACAGACUUGUCAGUCAAGUGAUGUUAACUUGGUCAUGGGGGAUUUCAACUCGGAGAAGAGCUCCCUUUGUAUGCAGAUUAUCUUAAAAAAUGCAAACUUGAGAGAUGCCUGGGAAGAGAGACCAAACAAGGAGGAUGGUAAUAUAGGCACCACAUGUGACAAACCUAAUAACGUAUAUACCCAUGUGAAAAAGAAACCGGAAGAAAUUACUGAAGGUAUACGGAUAGACUACAUCCUGUACAAUGGUAACGACAAAGAUGUUGUUUGCCGAGACUGCUGUUUGACCAUGGGACAGAUUCCAGGAUUUGACAUAUUUUACUCGGAUCAUGAAGGUGUUAGAGCAACACUAGACAUUGUCUCUAAAGAUGAAUCUGAUGCCGGAGAAUUACCAGCAAAGGGCAUAGAGCUGCAAACAGUUUUAAACAAGGUGUCUGGAGUCCUAGAGAAGGCCAAGUUAGAAAAUAUAAAACAACAGAGUUUUUAUUGGCAAGCCAUAUUACUCUUAGUUGUAAUGUACAUAUUAAAGGCUUUGAUUAUUGGUGCCCUAACUUUUGUUGUAGAUUUGAUUUUCACGGUUGCAACGAUACUAUUUAUGUGGGGGUUGUUCUGGACAGCGGUGGUUGAGAAGCGUUUUGAAUUUUGGGGCUUGACAGCGACUGCAGAGGACGUCAAAACCAGAAUGAAAUUUGUUCAGCGUGUUUAUCAGGCUUUUAAAUGAUUUUGGAAUCUGGACAAAAUCAUGAUU